CCCGAGCUCGAACAAACGCUCACGCUUCUCACGUCGCAUCGAUCUGUGCUGGGAUACAUGCUAUUAUCGAGAGGGCAACCAGUGACUAUCAUCCGCCAUUCAGGAGUCGUUUUCGAGGGGGAACAAGGGAAGAAAUACGCGAGUGCGAUAGCGCGUAUCGUACACAGUGUGCAAACGGGCUUGGAGGACGACGACAUACGCUUCAUGCGGAUACGGACAAAGCGCCACGAAAUCAUGAUAUCCCCAGGCGAACACUAUCUGCUUGCCGUCUUACACGAUCCG